UUUUAUUAAUUAUAUAAAAAACGGGUAUGAAAAGAAUUGGCUUUGGAUUGUUAUGUAUAAUGUUAGUCACAGCAAGCAGCAACAAUGUGAUGUUACAGACAGCUGAUCAUGGUGUAUUCAGUGAAGUGUUUAAGACAUAUGUAAUGAGUGUAGGAUUAAUAGGAAUUAGUCAAAAUAAAGUGAAUUCGGAGGGAGAUUAUAUGGAGAGUUAUUGAUGAUGGUUUAGAAAGGUGAAACUUUAUAGAAUUUAAAUGAUCAUGUUGAAGAGUUGAUAAAGCAUUUGUCAGAUGAUCAAUCAGAAGAUGAGAAAUAUUUUAAUGAGAAAUAGUAAUAAAUGGAAGCAGGAAUGUAAGGUUUAGUGAAUGAAGUGGAAGAGUUAAGUGUAUAAGUGGAAUAAGCAGCAAGUCGAAUAUAAGUACUUAAUAAGUAGUAGACAAUAAUUGAUGGUUUAUUUGGAAAUGAUUAAACAGCAUAUUAAAAGAGAGUAGGUGAUUAGAAUGCUAUUUUGGAUGUGAUAGGAUAAUUAUUGGUUAGAGUGAGUUAAUUAAUUGAAGGUGGUGGACAUAGUUUGAUAGAGAAAGACAAUUUAUUAGAGGAGAUUAAAUAACUUGGAAGAGGAAAGCAUAUUGAGGUGUUAGCUUAAGUAAUGGUUAAUAGUUUAGACAUAGAUUACAGCUCAUUUACAAUUAGAAUAAGUAGAACAUAUUUAAGAAUUGUUAAAUAGAUUGAGGGAUGCAGUUCUAAACAGUUUGGCUAUUGAUGAAGAAAAAGAAUAAGAGAAUAUUAGAUUAUAUAAUAAGUUAAGUGCUGAAAUUAGAAGGUAAUUAAAGUUUAAUAUAUUUUAAGUUCAUUGGCUGAGACAACAAGAUAAUAUCAAGAAUUAGAUGCUCAUUUCGAAUAGAAAGAAUAAGAACUAAAUUUAAAGAAGUUGGAUGUUCGUGAAGUUGGAGAGACCUUACAAGAUAGAAAUGAUUAGAGGUGAAUUAACUACAUAAUAUGAAUAGAUAGUUCAUAUUCGACAGAGUCUAAGAAGCCUAAUAACUACUAAAUGAUAAUUUAGAUAGAAUUGCUAGAUGGUCAAUUGAAGAUCAAUGAACAAUUAUUUAGAAAAUC